UGUUCUGGGAGGGUGAGAGGACUGCAGCCGCCGCAGGUCUCGGAGCUGUCACGUUCCGCCCCGGCUGCGGGCCGGGUCUGCGGGGCGCGGGCAGCGCGCGCGCCGGGCGGCAUGGAGGGACUGGUGCUGCUCAACGCUCUGGCCACCCGGCUCCUCUUCGUGCUGCACUCGCUGGUUGGAGUCUGGCGAGUGACCGUGGUGAAGAAGGAGCCGUGGUACUGGCUGCUGGCGCUGCUUAAUCUCUUGCUCUUUCUGGAAACGGCGCUGACCCUCAAAUUCAAGCGUGGCAGAGGCUACAAAUGGUUUUCACCAGCCAUAUUUUUAUAUCUGAUUAGCAUUGUUCCAUCAUUAUGGCUUCUUGAAAUGCACCAUGAAACCCAGUAUUGCAGUGGCCAGUCUGGAGGAUUGUCACAGAAUACCAGCAGAAAAGAAGACUUCAAUCAAACUCUCUUGUCAGCUGAACGUACCAACAGAGCAGAUGAUCUCAUUGAGACGGCCAAAGUUUUUGUAAAUAACUUAUCUACAGUAUGUGAGAAAGUCUGGACUUUGGGACUCCAUCAGACAUUCCUUCUAAUGCUAAUAAUUGGAAGAUGGCUUCUCCCCAUUGGAAGUGGGAUCACUCGGGAUCAACUCUCUCAACUUCUCCUUAUGUUUGUGGGGACAGCUGCUGACAUAUUGGAAUUCACAAGUGAGACCCUGGAAGAAGAAAAUGUGAGGAACAGCCCUGCCCUGGUCUAUUCCAUCCUUGUUAUAUGGACCUGGAGCAUGCUACAAUUUCCACUUGACCUGGCAGUACAGAAUGUCGUGUGCCCUGUGUCCAUGACAACGAGGGGGUUCUCCAGCCGGUUCUUCUGCCAAUACAGUGCCGACCUAUGGAACAUUGGAAUCAGUAUCUUCAUACAAGAUGGUCCCUUCCUUGUUGUGCGGCUCAUACUCAUGACCUAUUUCGAAGUGAUCAACCAGAUGCUAGUGUUCUUUGCUGCCAAGAAUUUCCUGGUGGUUGUGUUACAGUUCUACCGCCUGGUGGUGUUGGCCUUGGAUGUACGCGCUUCCUUGCGAAGUCAGCCGGAACGCCUGAAAGGAGAGCGCAGAUGCCCGGAUGCACCUGCUGAGUGUGGGGUCUCACCUGAGGCCUGGCCAGGCGGUUCCAUGGAGGCCUUGGCUAUUCCUUUACAGGCCUCGCCAGUCACCUCCGACGACUCCCACCCCACACCAUAGUUAGUCUCUGACAGCAGCGUGCAGCUAGACAGCUUGACUUUUCUGGUUCGUCUUUCAGACAGAAUCUUCUCUCUUUUUUUAGCUUUGGCAUAUAAUAAUUUUCAAAAGAACAACAUAAAAAGUGAUCUUAAACCAAAGCUGAGGAAUUUUCUUUUUUGAACGGAAUGAAAAGAACUUUGAUUAGUGGCUAUCGCUACAACUUCUGUGUGAUGGUAUCAGAUGUUAGAGUUGUUCAACGACUAAGUGAUUUGUUUGUUUUGAACUGUUUGAAAAGCUGUGGACCGGGUGAGAGUGACAUGCCCUCAAGAGAUUUAAUGCAGACAAACUGUCGCGGCUGUUACCUGAAAAUGGAGCAUCUUUGAACUUUGGCUCUAUUGUCAGACUAUCUCAUCUGAUCUUUUCUGCAGUGUCCCUCUGACAUCAAAAAAUGUACAUUCAGUGAAUGUAGAACAAAUGGAGGGAAAAGUGCCUUUAAAAUUACCUCACUGUGGGCUGGAAACAGUGAAAAUCUCUGCCCAGCUGCCAUAGCAUCAAGAGCCCUAUUCAUCACUGCAUGGACCUUCCCAGGAAAAUCAUUUUUCUGGGCUGCUGUGGUCUUCUGUCAUGGUGCAUAUGCUUUUCUGGAAAUGUUAUUGCUUUGGCUUGGGUGCUGCAAAAUUCACAGCCAGCCAUUUUGGUUACAGAUCUACUGGUUGUUGGGCAGGAAAUACUGGUAAUGCUGACAGAGUCACAAUUUCCACUCUGAACAUGAUCUGCAGUCUUCGUCAGGAUUUCCCUUAACUCCACUUUACCAUUUUCUAUAUUGCCAAGUCGAAUUAUGUGGGUUGAUGCAAGAAAGCACUGAAGCAGUGAAUAAAGGUAUUUCAGGCCCUUUAAGUGGUACCACAAUCGCUGGCGUCCGCCUGCAGUCCUGGGAGCGCCUCUGAACUGCCACUGCUGGAGCUGGCCUUUGGUCUCGGGAAGAUGGUGGUGAUGGAGGCUUGCAUUAGCCCUCCUCACCACCGACAGCCCUUGAUGAGUGACGAGGGUCAGAAAAUGCCACAGCAUUGUGGAAAUCAGGAAAUUCGCUUUUCUUCCCUGCAUUAUGACUGCAUUUCCCCAGUACUGAAAUAGCUGUAUUUUCCUUUCAUAUGCCUCUGUACGUUCCCGUUGGAGGUGAUUCAGAACCUUUUAAAAUGAUUUUUGCUUUUAAAGAUACAGUGUGAAAACUUACCUGGCUUUAUAGCAGUAAUUAUAUAAGGCAAACAACUCCAAAACUGUUCCUUUAGGGUUCAAAGCAUAAUUCCACCCUGUUAUUAUGCUCAGGAAUUGAAAGGGACAUUAAAGAUAAGGCAGGGUGUGAACUUAAAUUGGAUAUGACCUAGGGACACCCAGUUGGGGCAAAUUUUAUCUAUAAAUCUGUGUGACAUGAUAUCUGUUCAAAUUAUUUAAUACUUGCAUAGACAAACUUUUUAUACAGAAAAAUUAAUAUUUUUCAGUUAAUAGUUUCUUUGGUGCUUGAUAAUGUUUCUGUUUCUUUUCUUCCUCAUGUUUCUAAUUUUAACAAUAUGAUGAUUGCAAAAUUACACAUGAAAAUAAUAAGAGUACAUUUAGAAUUUUCCAUAAUAAUUUUAUGAAAAGUUAACAUCAGGAAAUUGUGUUUAUAUAAAGAACUUGAUAACUUUUAAGGGCAUGUUAUUUAAAACGUUUAGCAAUUAAACACAAAAUAAUAACUUCUAUUUUUAAAGAUACUCAGCUGAAUCUGCUUUUAUGUUGACUGUCUUAUGUUGAAUGUUUUCCUCUACAACAUGUAUGUGCUGCUUAUUAUUGCAGAUUUGCUCAUGGGCAUGCUUUUUAUGUUUUAAUUUUUCUUUUCCAGCAAAACAAAUAUUGGGCCUCUAAAAAUAGAUAAAGUAUGAAGAAGUAUGGCUGUUGUGCAGAUAUUUUUAAAAUGCUUUUGACUCUGAGACUUGGCUUGGCUCAGUGAAUGAGUUUCUAGUAUUUAAGUAUUUUGUAAUUAGCAGUCCUCCAAAGGCCUGGGAAAAAGAAAGUCCAGAGUCUAGCUUUACCCCACUGCCAGGAAGGCAGAGAGCACCCAAGACAAUCUUAGCAAGUUCGUGCAUGCUAAGUCACUUCAGUCACAUCCGACUCUGUGAGACCCUACAGACUGGAGCCCGUCAGGCUCCUCUGUCCGUGGGAUUCUCCAGGCAAGGAAACUGGAGUGGGUUGCCACUUCCUUCUCCAGGGGAUCUUCCUGACCCAGAGAUUGAAUCCAUAUCUCCCGUCUCCUGCAUUGGUAGGCAGGUUCUUUACCACUAGCGCCACCUGGCAAGCUGUCUCAACAAGUAGUGGAGGCAAAAGAGACACAUGUUCUGCAAGAUUUUCCAGGAAAGACUAUUAAGGGAAACAUCUGCUAACCUGACUGCCAGAACAGCCACUCUCUUGGACCUUUUUUCAUAGUCAAGAAAAUCUAUAUUCAUUUAGUUUAUUGAAAAAUAAAACCUAAGUUCAGGUUGUAUGCCUAGGACCCUUGAUGAAAACUUAAAACUUGACUUAGUUAAUUGCAUGUUUUUAUUGUAGUUUGCUAAAUAUUGUAAUGUUUGAAAACAUCCAUUUAUAGUAUUAUGGCUAUUUUUUGAACUAUUAAAACAUUUAUAGUGUUUGCUGUAAAGUGCCCUGGACAGCAGUUACUUCCCAGAGGCUGACAUUCUGGGACUGGCUUCUGCUUUAUCUGCACAACAUAACUGACUUAUACCAUUCAUAUAAUGCAAUACAGGCCAUACAUCUCUACCAACCCCUCACAGACACAGAACAUCCAUAUCCUCACCACUGAACAAAGUGGUUUAUUUGUGGUUGUUGGUGCUGUUGUUGUUAUUACUUUGGUUGCUAUUUAAUUGCUGGAUGAACUCCGUUGAAUGUCCUUCCUAAAAUCCUGCCAUUUCAUUUGUGAGACGACAGAGUGGCGCUGUGUAGAAACAUGCCUCACAAUCAUCUUCUGGACUUUGUCUACUUCCUAGAGGACAUGACUUGCCACUGCAAGACUAGUGAACUGUCUUUCUCUUUUGACUACUCUGUUAAUUUUUUAUUUAAGCUGGAACAGAUAACAUGAGGAAAUGGAAAUUUUUGUUGGCCAAUAAUAUUCUUUCUAAUCUUCCAAAGUGCAGAUUGUUACACAAAUGCAUCAGUUACCUCUGUUGUAGCUCCACUAACAAAGUGAAGGGUAGGAGCACUUCAGGCUUUUGAAGAUAAAAAGGAUGUGGCCGAGAACUAUAGGGUUCAGUAUCAUAAUAGUAAUUGUUAACUUGUUAUUUCACAGAUCUUUCAAAGCCUUGGGAAGGCGUGCAUUUUAGUGCACAUACUUGGGGAUUUCCACCAAGGUUUCAGAGUUCACACUGACUCUUGUUAUCUUCGGCAGUUGAUCUCAAUGACUCUUAACCAACUCUUCUGUUAAAAGAGAAAAAAGGAUUGCACAGAACCACUGUUCCCCCUUCACUCUACAUAUAUGUAUGACAUACACGCUGACAUACAUCUAGAGCCUUAGAUAUGUCAGUGAAAAGCCAAAUCAUCUAGAAAUCUAAAAACAGAAGAGAGCAUUACUUUUUUUCCUCUAAUUUUAGGCUUUGUUUUUUUAUUUAAUGUACAUUCUAAUCCUCUUGCAGUAACAUCUGAUUUGGAGUUAAACUAGGCAGCUUGAGGAGGUUUAUAGUUUUGAGGCUUUAAAUAACAAUCCACAUGAUGGGAGUAACUGUAAGCAAUGUUUAAAUAACUAUUGCGCACUUAUAUUUCAUGGGUGUCCAUCCUCUAAAUCUUUCUUACUAGAAUAUUUUAUAAGAAUAUUUGCUCUGAAUGUUUAUAUUUAUACUAUUUGCUAUGAAUGACAUUUGUAUUGUAUUAUAUACAUUAAAUAGUUUGUGUAGAACUCUA